UCCCCUAACCCAGACUCGACCGGCCGCCGAGACGAGAUGUCCGCCAUGGAGACCGACGCCGCCGACGUGAAGCCGCCGGUCGCCCCCGCCCCCGCCGCCGAGGGCUCCUCCGCCGCAGGGCCCUCCUCCUCCCGCAAGCCCACCAAGCGCUUCGAGAUCAAGAAGUGGAACGCCGUCGCCCUCUGGGCAUGGGAUAUUGUGGUCGACAACUGCGCCAUCUGCCGCAACCACAUCAUGGAUCUAUGCAUCGAGUGCCAGGCGAACCAGGCCAGCGCCACCAGCGAGGAGUGCACCGUCGCCUGGGGUGUCUGCAAUCAUGCUUUCCACUUCCACUGCAUCAGUAGGUGGCUGAAGACUCGCCAAGUGUGCCCAUUAGACAACAGCGAAUGGGAAUUCCAGAAAUAUGGCCACUAGACCCACCCUCUGCUUCUUGACUACUGCUGCAUUGGAAGCUCAGGCCUAUCUUAUCUCAAACAUCGCUGUGUUCAGCUACUUUAGAACAUUUGCAUCUACAUUCAUCCUUAUCAACGGUCUGCACUUGUGUGAUGAUUUUGUAUAAAGUAUCUGUGUACCCGACUGUCAAUUCUAUCGUAUUAAUGGAUUUCCUCAUUUGCCUGUGA